ACUACUACUACUACUCACUGUUUGUUUGUUUGUUUGCUUGUUGGUUCAAUUCUCUCACUUGCUUGCAGUUGCUGAUUGAUCAUCUAUCGAAUCCAAGCAUUCAAGCAAUAUAUAUAGCCCAUUCUAUUCUUUUCUUAUUUUCUAUUCUGUAUAUAUGUAUAUGUGUCACCGAGUAUUAUUUUUCAUAAUUUCUUAUUCAUAAUAAUUAAGGAGGAGUACGUAUCAUCAGUACUACAAUAAAACUAGCAGCUUAGUGAUCAAAAUCAUUAUUAUUGAUCCAUGGAAUACGGGAGGCUUGGUAAAUACCAGCCGGGUAAAAACCGACCCGAAGCUCCUUUGAAACCGCCAGUGUACUACUACUCACCGAAUAUGAAUACAAAUGAUGAUGAUCAAACUAGUAGUAAUAGGAAAACAAAGUGUAGGAGGAGUGGUUUAGCAAUUUUAUUAUUUGCCGCCAUUGUGGUGUCGGUGGGACUAGUAGUACUGGUGGUGAAUCAUCGUCACGAUAAUAAUGGAGGACCCCACCGCCCCUCCUCCUCCAUGAUCCAUCAUCCGACGGAGGCCAUGUCACGUGCGUGCAGCAAGACUCGUUACCGAAACCUAUGUCUCAACUCCUUGCUUAAAUUCCCCGGAUCCCUCGACGCCGCCUCCGACAAAGACAUGGUCCACAUUUCGGUGAACAUGACCCUGCAGCGCGUGGGCAAGGCGCUCUACGCCUCCGCCGGGUUGAACAAUGUUCAGAUGAAUACACGUGUCCGCUCCGCAUUCGACGACUGUCUUGAGCUCUUGGAGGAUUCCGUUGACCAGCUUACCCGCUCCCUCCUUUCUGUCGGUGGGAUGCGGGUCGGGUCCAACCAAGAUGUGAUCACUUGGCUGAGUGCGGCGUUGACAAAUCAGGACACGUGUACGGAGGGGCUGUCAGACGUGGAAAACGGGUACGUAAAAACACAAAUGGAAGCCAAGCUCAAGGACUUGUCGCGGUUGGUGAGCAACUGCUUGGCGAUAUACGCGGCCGCCGCCAGCGACGAUUUUAGUGGGGUCCCCAUACAGCACCGGCGGCUAAUGUCGGCGUUUCCAGAGUGGUUGGGCGGCGGCAGCAGGAGGUUGCUGCAGGCGCCGGUGGAGACAAUGCACGUGGACAUAGUGGUUUCAAAGGACGGGAAUGGCACGUGUACCACCAUCGCCGAGGCCAUCAAGAAGGCCCCCGAAUAUAGUAGUCGCCGGAUCGUCAUCUACGUAAGGGCAGGAAGGUACGAAGAGGCAAAUUUGAAGGUGGGAAGAAAGAAGACAAAUUUGAUGUUUGUAGGGGAUGGAAAAGGGAAAACGGUCAUCACAGGAGGAGUCAGUGUAGUUGCUAACAAUGUCACUACUUUCCACACUGCUUCUUUCGCGGCGACGGGUGCGGGGUUCAUUGCAAGGGACAUGACGUUUGAAAACUACGCGGGGCCGGCCAAGCACCAAGCAGUGGCGUUACGAGUGGGAGCUGACCAUGCCGUGGUCUACCGCUGCAACAUCAUCGGAUACCAAGACACCUUAUACGUCCACUCCCAACGCCAGUUCUUCCGCGAGUGUGACAUUUACGGCACCGUGGACUUCAUAUUUGGCAACGCCGCCGUGGUCUUCCAAAACUGCAGCAUCUACGCCCGCAAGCCGCUGCCCUUCCAGAAGGUCACCAUCACGGCCCAGAACCGGAAAGACCCGAAUCAGAACACCGGGAUCUCAAUACAUGCCUGCCGGCUCUUGGCACAGCCGGAUCUGGAGGCUUCCAAGGGCAGCUAUCCGACGUAUCUUGGGAGGCCUUGGAAGCUCUACUCUCGGACCGUCUACAUGCUCUCUUACAUGGGUGACCACAUCCACCCUCGGGGCUGGCUUGAAUGGAAUGACACGUUUGCCCUCAACACCUUGUACUACGGCGAGUAUAUGAACUACGGGCCCGGUGGUGCCAUCGGCCAACGAGUGGGUUGGCCAGGCUAUCGGAUCAUCACCACAACGGUAGAGGCCACCCGGUACACGGUGGGUCAGUUCAUAUAUGGAUCCUCAUGGUUACCUUCCACUGGAGUCGCUUACAUAGCUGGUUUAACUUUAUAAUAAUAAUAUAUUAUCAAAUCGUCCUAGAUCACAUUUUUUUCCCCCCAUUUAUUCCUCCUUUAUAUAUAUAAAUGCAUGGUAAAAUAAACAAGCAUAUAUAUGUGGCUGAAUUUAUUAUAUAUUAACGUUGCAAAACAGGUACGUACGUACCACAGAUUUAUUAUAUAUAUAUACACUCAUGGUGUGCUGAUUUUUAAUUUA